UCCAUUUAUAUUCAUCCAAGCAAUUAUCUCAACUUAACUGAGAAAUGUUGUCCAAUAUGAAAGUCUCUGGAUUUCAAGUCUUAUGCUUCCUUCUCUUUUUAUAUGUCUCCCAUGGAGAAGCUUGGGCUCGUUAUAAGUUCGUUGUUGAAGAAGUUCCUUACACGAGGUUAUGCAACACCACGAAAAUAUUAACUGUGAAUGGACAAUUACCUGGACCAACACUAUAUGUCCACAGAGGAGAGACAAUCAUUGUGGAUGUUUACAAUAAGGGCAACCACAACAUCACCCUUCACUGGCAUGGAGUUGCACAACCUAGAAAUCCAUGGUCAGAUGGUCCAGAAUACAUUACACAAUGCCCUAUUCAACCAGGGAAAAAGUUUAGUCAAAAGAUCAUUUUCUCUACAGAAGAAGGGACUCUUUGGUGGCAUGCUCAUAGCGAUUUGUGGAGAGCAACUGUUUAUGGUGCUGUAGUCAUAUAUCCCAAGAUAGGAGAUACAUACCCCUUUCCUAAACCUGCAGCAGAAUUCCCCAUUUUAUUAGGAGAGUGGUGGAAAGAAUCAAUCACGGAGGAAUACAACAUUGUCGAUUCUGGAAGCGACCCGAAUGCUUCUGAUGCUUACACCAUCAAUGGGCAGCCGGGCGAUCUCUACAACUGCUCUAAAUCAGGAACAUUUAAUAUCGCAGUUCACAAAGGUUUGACGUAUCUUCUACGUAUAAUCAAUGCCGCAUUGCAAGACGUGCUCUUCUUCUCCAUAGCCGACCAUAAUCUCACUGUAGUCGCAUCUGACGCUAGCUACCUCAAGCCAUUCUCGUCAAGCUUCAUAGCAAUAUCUCCUGGCCAAACCAUUGAUGUGCUUUUGGAAGCUAACCAAAGUCCCAACCACUAUUACAUGGCUGCCAGAAUUUACACUGGCGUUACUGCGGCUGGUAACCCCGACUAUACCACCACCACAGCCAUCAUAAAAUAUAGCGGGAAAUAUACUCCAUCUUCAUCGCCGAUACUCCCUUCUCUUCCUUACUACAAUGAUUCAACAUCAUUUCUUAACUUUACUAAUAGUUUCCGGAGCUUAGCCGAUGCAAAAUAUCCAAUUGAUGUUCCAACAGUAGUCGACGUAAGCUUGGACUAUUUAUUUUCAGUGACACUUGAGUUUUCGAGAAUAGUGGCUAGCGUCAACAAUGUUAGCUUCGUUUAUCCACCCAUUGAUAUAUUACAAGCUUAUUAUUACGGCAUCAAUGGGGUGUAUGACACAUCAUUUCCUGACACUACUCUACAAAUACUGAGACAUAAGACAAAGGUGAAGGUACUUGACUACAAUUCCACGGUGGAGAUUGUUCUUCGGACUACCGAUGCUGCAGGCAGCUCCCAUCCGAUACAUCUUCAUGGAUAUAGUUUUUAUGUCGUGGGAUCGGGUACAGGGACUUUCGAUAAUGAGACAGAUCCCUCAACGUAUAAUUUGAUUGAUCCUCCUUUCCAAAAUACUAUUGCUGUUCCUGUACAGGGCUGGACCACCAUUAGAUUCAAAGCUAAUAACCCCGGGGUGUGGUUUAUGCAUUGCCAUUUUGAUCGACAUAUGGUAUGGGGCAUGGAUACAGUGUUCAUAGUCAAGAAUGGUAAUUCUACAAAUGGAAAAUUGUCACCACCACCCCCCGAUAUGCCUCCGUGUUAAGAUUGUCUCUGGAUAUUAUCUUGAAGGUUGUCAAUUGUUUGCAUCUAAGAUUACUACUCCCUUGUGAAUUUGUCAAUGGAGUUAAUAUUGUAUUAAAAAAAUUUUAUCUCUGACUUGUCAGUAUUAAUUCUUAGUUUUCUUUAUAAGGAAAUCUAUGUUGAAUGUACUAGAAAUAAACCUGUAGUUUAUAU